GAUACACACACACCGACAAUACUUGUUAGUAGAUACAUUCAUAGUUUAUUUGGGUCCUUUGAUUUGAUGACAAUAAGAAAAAUAUAGAAUAUCCUUAGAUUUAUCAGGUAUACAGAUUAUACAAAUCUCUGUAAAUCUGUACUCUAAAUAAAUAUAGUCUCAAUCCAUAUAAGUCCUAAAUUGAAAAUAUAAUUCCAUAUAGCUCCUUGUAGAAGUAAAGAUGCAAAACAUGGAAUUUGGCUAUCUCUAUAUUAUAUACACGUAAAGAUAUUUAGGUUUCAGAUGUAUAGAAAGUACAAAACCUCACUGACAUGUUUCACUGAGGGAUCUCACAGCCCCAGUUAAGCAGCUAUGAUGCCAUACACACACCCACACACAAAGCGAGAGUGGAGCAGGAGCAGGGAAGUGUGCAGCACUGCUCUGCUCUGCUCUGCUUGUGGGGUUCAGUAUGCAGAGGAAGGAUGCAGCUUUUCUUUAACUUGCCACCCUCCCUCAACUCCUCACCUGCCUCGCCACCUCCUUCUCCCCCUCUUUUUCGUAGCGGUUCCUCAGUGCAGACCGGGCGCCAUCCUAUACCUUCAGCAGCCGUGCAGGAUGUGAAGGGAAGCAGCCGAGUCUUCAGAAUGGUAGCAGGGUGUGCGGGCGUCGUGUCUGAGGACAGCAGCAGCAGCAGACAACAGCAGUCAUGGAGGUGGAGGGCACUGCAGAGCCAGCCUUCGUGGACGUGGACCAGGGCUUGACUCUGGCCUGCAUCGCCUUCCUCUGCCUGCUGCUGGUGGCCAUGAUCAUCCGCUGUGCCAAGGUCAUCAUGGACCCCUACAGCGCAAUCCCCACCUCUACAUGGGAGGAACAGCACCUGGACGACUGACGCACAUACAAACAUAUAUAUGCAUAUUGUGUAUAUAUAUGUGCUCCUCCAGGCCACCAUACAUGACAAACUAACAGAGUGUCCUCCCAGAUAAAGGAGGGUUCUUCAAGGGUUCCGUAGUGACGCAGUGCUUCUGUAUGAAACCUAAUGACUCCACACUGAUUUCAUCUCCGAAAUACAAGCAAGCAAACAAACAAACUGGUAAAUGAAAAUACAUCUUACAUAUAUAGAGCAUUUUAGUUAUUCUAGUUACUGUAUAAUGAUGAAGAGGCCCGUUAGAGUACAUGGCUUUGUCCAAAAUCACAUAGUAUGCACUACAUACUCAAUACGUGUACUAUCGUUCAACAUACUUUUGAGUGAACAAACAGUGGUAUGUAUCU